AUGUUAACAAAGAAGUCAUUAAACGCCUCAGCUUUCAAAGUAUCAUCUGAAAUCACAACAUCAUCACAUUUAAGUUGAGAGAUAUUAUUUGAUUUUUUAUUUUUACCUAAGAGAAUAUUAAUUAACUUCCAACUAUGUUUCAUAUCUUUCGAUUGUGCGCAGUUCUCAAAUUUGUUACAGAAAAAUGCUGUUUUAGCUUUAGUUAGUUCUGAAUUGACUUUGUUACGUAUUUCUUUAAAUUUCUCCCAGUGAAUCUGGGAAUUAUUUUUAACAGCCAUUUUCUUGUAAGAGUCCCUAACCCUCAUCAGAUUUUUGAUAUCAGGGGAAAUCCAAGGAAUCUGGCGCUGAGGACAAGGUUCCUGGCCCUGAGGACAAGGUUCCUGGCGCUGAGGACAAGGUUCCUGGCCCUGAGGACAAGGUUCAUGGCGCAGAGGACAAGGUUCUUGGCGCUGAGGAUAAGGUUCCUGGCGCUGAGGACAAUGUUCCUAGCGUUGAAGUCAAUGUUCCUGGCGUUGAGGAGAAGGUUCAUGUCGCUGCGGAUCAGGUUUCUGCCGCUGAGGACAAGAUUCCAGAGGCUGAGGACAAGGUUCCUGGCGCUGAGGACAAGGUUCAUGGCGCAGAGGACAAGGUUCUUGAAGCUAAGGACAAGGUUCCUGGCGCUGAGUACAAGGUUUUUGGCGCUCAGGACAACGUUCCUGGCGCUGAGGACAAGGUUCCUGCCGCUGAGUACAAGGUUCCUGCGGCAGAGGACAAGGUUCCUGGCGCUGAGGAAAAGGAUCCUGGCGCUGAGGAAAAGGAUCCUGGCGCUGAGGAAAAGGGUUCUGACGCUGAGGACAAGGUUGCAGUCGCUGAGAACAAGGUUCCUGUCGCUGAGGACAAGGCGCCUGGAGCUGAAGAGGAGCGUCCUGGCGCUGAGAAAAAGGCUUUUGGCACUGAGAACAAAGUUCCUGCCGCUGAGGAGAAGGUUCCUGGCGCUGAGGAAAAAGGCCCUGGCGCUGAGGACAAGGGUCCUGGCGCUGAGGACAAGGGUCCUGGCGCUGAGGACAAGGCUCCUGGCGCUGAGGACAAGGCUCCUGGCGCUGAGGACAAGGUUCCUGUGGCUGAGGACAAGGUUCCUGGCGCUGAGGAGAAGGUUCCUGGUGCUGAGGACAGGGUUCCUGGCGCUGAGGACAAGGUUCCUGCUGCAGAGGACAAUGUUCCUGGCGCUGAGGCAAAGGAUCCUAGCGCUGAGGAAAAGGGUUCUGACGCUGAGGACAAGGUUCCACUCGCUGAGAACAAGGUUGCUGGCGCUGAGGACAAGUUUCCUGGCAAUGAAGUCAAGGCUCCAGGCGCUGAGGACAAGGUUCCUGUCGCUGAGGACUGGGUUCCUGCCGCUGAGUACGAGGUUCCUGCCCCUGAGGAUAAGGUUCCUAAAUUUUCCCAAGCAACGGAUCGAGGAACAUCAGCAGACCUUAUUUCAUAGCUGGCGCCGGUUAUAAUUCUCGCUGCACGGUUUUGGAACUUUUGAAGCUUAUCUUUCAGCUUUUGGUUACAGACGUCGCAUAAUGGAUAGGCCGUAUUCUGUGGCACGAAAAGUCGCUUAGAAAAUGAAUUCCGUUGCCCGGGUUCGGGCACUACUUUGAAACAAGAUAAAUAAUUAGGAUAAAACAUACAAAGUCCAAAUCCGCUUGUUUGCACUUCCCAAAACCUGCAGUUUUCGAGUACUCCUUCUUCGAAAAUUUAUUAAAUCAACAUCUUUCGCAAUCGAUCGCCGCCAUUUUUGUUCAGGAUACUUCCUGUAAUAAACACUAUAAAUGGCGAUUUUUGCGGGCUCACACUCGUUCUUACAUGAAGUUCCGUAAACGUCCGCUGUGCAAACAUGACUUGGUGGGUCUGGUUUUCGGGGGUUAGUGUGGGGUAUAAGUAAAAUUUUGAACUUUUUUUUUCAAAACUACACCAAUCAUCAAAUAAUUAGACGGGAAAAUUCCUGUUUAUUUUGGGAAAUUAACAAAAAAGACAAAAUUAUUUUAAAAAUUUCAAAAUCAUUUAAUUAGCAUGUACAUGUGUUACUCCAUUACAAUUUUAAAGAACGUUUUCUUUCUAUUAGAUUCUAUUGCAUUUAUUAGUGCUAAUUACAAUGUCAAAUGCUUAUAGUCAAUAG